AUGAUCGGUGACCAGAUCAACUACUUGCCUUUGGCACUGGGUUUCAUUACGUACGGGCAAGCUAAAGAGGUUGAGGAAUCUUGCAUUGCCAGUUUUCAGCGUCACCAUACUUCUGGAUGGCCUUCGUUCCUUUACUUUGUCUUCACCAUCAGACGAACACUUUUGGUUUGGCAAGCCCAAAUUUGUUCUCUUCUUGAUCCAUUUCAUCCUUUUCCAAAUGCUUUCGAGAUGGCAUUUUUUUUCUGGAUAUGGAUUGACAUAAUCUAUAAUCUGAUUAUACAACUUUGCAGGUUCAUAUGGUUUUUGACCUCUUGCAUAAUGGGAAAAGUGAAGUACAUUAUCCCUAGGAUUGUUAUUGGGGUGUUCAUUCAGGUGCUCUGUAGUUACAGUACACUUCCACUUUAUGCCAUUGUGACACAGAUGGGAUCCAAUUUCAAGAAAGCUAUAUUUGACGAAGACAUACGCUUGGGACUCGUUGGUUGGGCUAAAAAAGCUAAGAGAAGAAGGCAAGCAUGGAUGGCUCCGGCUCUGGCACUGGUUCUGACGUGGAGUUCAGCUAGGGAAAGUUAA